AUGGAGAUCGACCCCGUAAUCCUCGCUCUGUUUGGGCCAGCUCCUUCCGAUCUAGAUCUGAGUGAGGACCCAGCCAAGAGCAACAGCGCAUUGGUAGCAGUUCUGUUUGUGAUUGCAGCCUGUGCAGUGGUUCUGAGAUUCGCAUCACGGCGCAUCGCCGACACGCCGCUACAAAAGGAUGACUAUGCCAUCGUGGUAGCGCUGCUGUUCACCGGUGGGAGUGCGGGCAUGUCCUUUGGAGUUGGUCGCUUUGGUGCUGGAAAACACGUUUGGGCGGUGACGGCAAGAGAUUUAUCCACGGCCUCGAAAUUACUAUUCGCCCAUACUUAUAUAUUUGCCGCGGCCGUCACCUUCACCAAAAUCUCCGUUCUCCUUCUGUACAAGCGCAUCUUUGUAACGGGAACACUGUCGUUUUCGAUAUGCAUUUGGACCGCUGGUGUAAUUACUUGCGCCUACCCCCUAACGCUGGCGAUUGGGAUGGCCAACUGUUGUAAGCCAGUGUCUUUCUACUGGACAAGAUUCGCCGGCAACACUGAAGGCUCGUGCCCCUUGGAUGUCGGCACCUUCUUUGUCGCCCUCGCCAUUAUCAACGUUUUUCUCGAUGCCUUCAUCCUCGCCAUCCCGAUUCCCCAGAUCGUGCGGCUGCAAAUGUCGACCCGGAAGAAGAUUAGUAUCUGUGGGCUGAUGCUCCUCGGGAGUUUCGUCUGCUGCGCCAGCUGCGUCCGGAUCUACUACCUCCACGAAUUCGCCACAGCCACCGACAUGACGUCUCUCAUGGGACCCGCGAGCGUGUGGUCCGCCAUCGAGCCAUCCAUUGGCAUCUUGUCCGCCUGCCUGCCCAACAUGCGGCCCCUGUAUAUCAUCUCGCGGCGGAAAUCAUCCCCUUCCUACGCCGCCCAGAAGAGCCACAGCAACCAGGACCCGCCAUCGGUGCCGGGCCUGAUGACCUGGGGCCGCGGCGAUCCCAAAAAGUCCAACCACAAAAAGGACGGGUUCACGCAAGUCCAGGACGAGGACGAAAUGCACCUGACGGGCCCCGAGGUGCCGCUCAAAUGCUUGGUUAGUUCAGGGGCAUCGAAUGCGGACAUGUAUGUGGAUGGUAUAAAAGUUCGCUCCGAAGUACACGUACAGCACGACUCAGGAAAUAGCCUUCCAAAAGGCUGA